AUACUUGGAACAAUAAAGCAACGUUUUUCUUUUUCGUUGAUUUGAUUAAAGAAAAGAAAAUGUGAAUGUUUGGUGAAGAUUCCGUCAGAAUUUUACCUGAAAAAUCGAAUACGGAAACAGCAGAGAGGAAGGUUUAGGAGGAAGACAGAAAGAAAAAGUCUCCGAACAAUGGUGCUUCCGCUUUGAUUCGUUGUGUUUCUGCAAAUUCUGAAGGAUUCUCGAAGGAUCGUUUGAGAAAAAAUUGAGGAAAACGACGGAAGGAUCUUGAUCUGUGCUAAAGAUCAUGUCGUUCUCAUUCUUCAAGCCGUCGAGGCCUAAAACCCCUCAGGAGAUGGUCAAAUCCAUUAAGGAAAGCCUCAUGGCCCUCGAUACCAAGACCGUCGUCGAAGUUAGAGCUCUCGAGAAGGCCAUGGAAGAAGUUGAGAAGAACUUUGUAACUAUGAGAUGUAUGCUUAUUGGAGAUGCGGAGGUUGAGCCCAUUGCGGAGCAAGUUUCACAGCUAACGCAGGAGAUAUGUAAUGAGUGUCUUAUCGAUCUUCUAAUUCACAAGCUGCCUGUUCUUGGAUGGGAAGCAAGAAAGGACCUUGUGAAUUGUUGGUCCAUAUUGUUGAAACAAAAGGUUGGCUCCACUUAUUGCUGUGUAAACUACAUUGAGAACCAUUUUGAGUUGCUAGACUUUCUCGUUGUGUGCUACGACAACAAGGAAAUUGCCGUAAACUGUGGAAAUAUGUUAAGGGAAUGCAUCAAAUUCCCAACCCUUGCAAAAUACAUAUUAGAGGCUGCAAGUUUCGAAUUGUUCUUCAAGUUUGUGGAGUUACCAAAUUUUGACGUUGCAUCAGAUGCAUUUUCUACUUUCAAGGACCUGCUUACCAAACACGAAAAUAUAGUUUCCGACUUUUUGAGUGCUCAUUAUGAUGAGUUCUUUGACAGAUACGAAAAACUCCUGACUUCUUCCAAUUAUGUAACUAGAAGACAGUCAUUGAAGCUUCUAUCAGAGUUCUUAUUGGAAUCUCCGAAUUCCCAAAUAAUGAAGCGUUACAUUCUAGAAGUUCGGAAUUUGAAAGUAAUGAUGACCCUAUUAAAGGAUUCUAGCAAGAACAUCCAACUGUCUGCUUUCCACAUAUUCAAGGUUUUUGUUGCUAAUCCUAAUAAGCCACGUGAAAUCAAGGUUAUCGUAGCGAAAAACCACGAAAAGCUUCUGGAAUUGCUUCACGAUCUUUCUCCUGGGAAAGGUGCGGAAGACGAACAGUUCGAAGAAGAAAAGGAGUUGAUUAUCAAAGAAAUAGAGAGAGUUUCACGCUUGCAACAUCUUACUGGUUGAAGCCAUUGUUCUCCCACGCCGUGCCUUUAUCCCCCAAAACUAUGGCUCCUGUUGAGUGAGUUUGCAUUUAAAAUGCAGGAGAAGUUUGAUUAUUUGUGAAAGUACAAGUUAUUAAUGUAUAAAUAAUUCUCUUUAA